AUGGCCUUUCGUGCACCAGCGCAAGCUCCUCGCCGUAGAACCUCGUACUCGGCCUCGCAAAGACCUCCCUCGAUCCAAAUACCUGGAUCUCCCACCGAGCAGCCCGAGGAAGAUACCGCACAAUGGGUCCUGUUCUCCCCGACCGCCCCAACGCACACGACCUCGACAGACCGCACUGCAGGAGCCUCACGACUGAGCGACUUUGGUUCCUUUGGCACUGCAACCCGCUCUGCCGCUGGACCAGAGGGCGAAGUGGACGACGAGGAAGCUCUGGAUGAUCAGUAUGAUGAAGAUGGUACCGAGUUGGAUAGCCUGGACGAUGGUCUCCAUGCGUUUCGCGCCCCAUCGUUCUCCCCUGCGUCCCCCACUAGGUUGGACCAAGGGCCGCCGGCGAUGCUGCCAGCACAUGAUGGCUUAGGAAGCUUUCAAGCUUCCAGUCAACAGAUUCAAGACCAGCUCUGGCAACAUGAGCAAUACAAUCCCCAACGGCGACCGUAUGGCUACUCCCAACAUCGCCGUCAUUCAAGAAAUCGAACGCGAGACCCAAAGGAGGAGAUCCACUCGUGGAAGCCAGUCAACUGUUCCACGCUCUAUCGAUUAUCUUUCCCGGUCAAUGUCACAGAUCCUCUUUCAGAAGAGGAACAUCCACCGGAGAGCGAGGUGGAAAUUGACAAAUCGUUCUGGCAACGCAUAACGCGAAAAGUCAUUCGCGAUCUGAUCGGUAUCGACGAGAACUUGCUGUCCGUUAUCUUCGGCGAGUCUUUGCCGCUGGAAGCAGACACUCCCGAGAAGGACACCGAAGACCUGAGUAUAGAAUCUGUGCUGGCGCGGGAACCAGAGGCGGAAAAUGGGGAGCCGCCUCUGUGGCAGUCUCGCGUCCUUCAACGGAUUGCCCACGAAUUGGGAAUUCUGGUUCAUCAGCUCUGCGAGCACCCAGGUGCAUUCACCACCUAUUACCAGAUGACCAAGGACAUUUCGAGCGAGUAUGCAGGCAUGUCGCUCAAUCGGCUGGCUGAGAGCAAUAUCUUGCAGAACUCCGAGUCUACCGCCCAACCCUCUGCAAAUACAACGGCAGACUCCAUGCCAUCUCCACACUUCAUGCCCACGCUCCGUGACCCAAACCGCGAACAUGAAGCACAAUGGGGCAUUGAAGAAAAUGAGUUUCCCGGCCCUGAUUCAGUCUCCGAGUCUACUCGUGUCCAACAAGAACAGGAAUACUGGGAACAUGGCCUAGACGUCAUGAUGGUCUUCCGCUACCUACGUACGCGCUUCAGUCGCCGUGGGUACAUGUCCAACGACAAAUUCACCUCAAGCCCUUCACCGCGCCAUACUCAAGAUCCCUCUCGGCGAGCGGCUAUCAUCCGUCAGCAUCACCCACUCGUCGCCCGCGCACACUCCCGCUCCCAAACACAGUCUCGCCGCGCAUCCCAUGUCUCCGGUCCUGUCGGCGUGUCGUCACCUCUAGUUCGGCCCCAUCUCCGCCGUCCCAGUUCCAGCUGUGCGAGCCAAAGCAAGCUGUCAGCUAUCUCUAGCCGUCGUACGCUGACGGGAUCCAGCAGGAACUACUGGGACAUCGGCGGCAGUGUGGGGAGCAAUAGUGCCAUUGGCGUUGGUGGCGGAGCUGGGCUUGGCGCUUGGGGUGAGGCCUGA